GUCUCAGCUGUCAGCUGUACGCCACUGCAUCGUCGCCAGCCUCGCCGCGGCACAUGGGGGCGGGAUCCAUGCAGCGGCGCCCAUACUUACCACGCUUGGCCGGCGCCAGUACAUACUACCAGUACAGCUCGCCCGGUGCAGCCGCCGUUCAGCCCUCUAAUCAGCCCGGCCCCAGCUAGGCAGCCACCCUGCUUCACUUGCUCGGCAGCUUUGCCCGGCAUCGGCUACUGACAUCCGCCACGCCGCUUCUUUCUUCUCCCGUUUCUUUCCGCUUGCCCACGCAUAUGCUCCAUGGGCGCCCGCGGAUGCCUGGCUCCGUUCCAGCACUUCGUUAACAGCACCCGCAACCGCCGUGGCAGCAAUGGCAGUGGCGGUGGCGGCAGUGGCAAUGGCGCCAGCGGCGCCGCAGGCGCUGGUACCGCUCACGGCGAGUCGAGCCGCCACCCUCCCCCCACCUCCUUCGACGACGCAACCCUUGGGGCCUGGUUCGACGACCUGAAUGAGGCCGCCACGCAGCACGCCAUCCGGACCACGCUGGGCAACAGUACGGACGCGACACACGUGGCCCUGGUGAUGGCAUUGGCGGAAGACAUGCGGAGGCUCAUGGCGCCCUACGGCUCAGCAUACAAUAGCCAGGCGCCGCCGCCGCCGCCGCCGCCGCCGCCGCCGCCGCCGCAAACCGGGCACAGCUCUGCCAGCGGCUUCGGCGGCUUCGGCGGCUUCGGCGGCUUCGGCGGCUUCGGCGGCUUCGGCGGCGGCAGGAACAGCAGUGCCGCCGGUGGCAGCAGCAAUGGCGCUGGCGGCAGCAGCAACACGAGCAGGGACAGCAGCGCCGGCAGUGGUGGCAGUAGCACUGGGGGAGUGGGGGCAGACGGGGGCUCGGGCCCGGGCUCGGACUGGGAAUCUGCCUCUGCUGCCUCGAGCCCAGGUGGCAAGCCGGCCACCGGUUUUGCCGCUGCUGCUGCCGCUGCCGCUGCCGCUGCUGUUGCCACUGCUGCUGCCGCACGCUCGGCGGCUGCGGGCGUGGCAGCUGCGCGCUCGGCGGCGGUUUCGAGCACGAGCAAGGCGGUGAGGGAGUGCGAGGUCUGCCUCAGCGAGGAGCAGUCAGAUGGCAAGCCGCUGAAGAAGUGUGGCGGCUGCAAGUCGGCGUACUACUGCAGUGAGGCCUGCCAGACUGCGCACUGGCCCAACCACAAGGCCGCUUGCGGGAAGCUGCGCAAGCAGCAGCAGACGAUGUAGAUGCAGCGGGAGAAGCAGUGGCAGUAGCAAUGUUGCAUUAACAGGUGCAGCAGUUGCAGGCUGCAGGGUAAGAUAGGUGUGGGCAUGGGGCAGUCGCCUGCGGUGAGUUGGUAGGCAAAGUGCCUGACGAGACGCCUGUCGGGCCCCAAUUCCGUCCGCUUUCCGUCUUUCUAGGGGGACGUCACAGGGGUGAUAGUUGCGCAAGAUCAAGCGUGCCCACAACGGGGACCGACAAGCCUGCAGGCCUGAUGAGUACCUGACGAGAAGAUUGCCGUCCGGGCUCGGACAUUUUUCAGGUUUCAAGGCCGCGCGUGGCCUAGGGGCCCCGGGUCCUUGUAGAACACGGUUGACGAUCGGGGGCUCGUAUCGCAGAGUGCGCCAUCCUCGGAGGGCGGCCAGGCAUUUGGCACAUUGGCCGCCUCUCGGCACCCUUAUGAGAAAUGUAAGCUAGUGUGAAU